AUGGAGCGAACGGGGUCGGGCUCGAGGGCUCUGUUUCCCAAGGGACCCAGUUAUAGCCUCGAGGACUUCUCUAACAAGGACUUCAUCGUACGGGAUUUCGUCGACGAUUUGGCUGAGAGCGUAAGCGUUGCGAAUCGUCGUUCAGGUCCCACAACAGCAGCCUUCGACCCGAAACCCCUGAUCCGGACAUUUGAAAAUGCACUGCAAGGACUCAGCAAUCUCUCAGAAGAGCUCCAGGAGAAGGAAUCCGAACUUCUGUCACAGGUACGGCGCGCUGAGGCCCAACAUGAUCAGACACUCGACACACUAGGUCGCAAGCUUGACCAAUCCAUCGACUCAUUCGAAGCUCUGGACAUCACUUUGAACAACCCCAAUGGAAGCGAUCGAGGAAAUCGUGCCGAUGGUGGUGGAAACGUUGCCGUACAAAUCGGCGAGAAGCUGGAAGAGCUUGACAGGAAAAGGAGACGAGCCCAGGAUGCCAAUUUCUUGAUCCAAUGUUGGCUCGAGGUUAGCGAAACCGGAGAACUCACGUCGCUCCAAGACAUCAGAAGACAAGGCGGCGCAGAGAACAAGGUGCGCUGUGCAGUCAUUGCCCAACAGCUGAUGCGCAUCAGCCAGAGACUGGAUCUCGCAGCAUGGGGCCAAACAAAUGGUUAUCGCAAUGGUGUCACAAACGGCGUAGUUGGCGCAGGCAGACCGAAUCACAACACCCGAGAGGUGCUGGAAAAGUUCUGUGAGACCUUGGAGCAAGAUCUUCUCAAACAGUUUAACAACAGCUAUCGACGCCAAAACUUUGACGAUAUGAUGGAAUGUGCCAAGGUGCUUCAUGACUUCAAUGGAGGUGCGAGUGUCAUUGCUGUGUUUGUAAACCAGCAUCAAUUCUUUAUUGAUCGCGAUCAGCUCAUUACAGAUGAGGUCACGACGGAUGGAGAAACGUGGGAUCAGCUGGCGGACCCGGACCAAGAUCCGCCUGGAGUCGAGCCGAGUCUACAGUCUCUUAUCGAUGAAGUCAAGAUCGUCAUGCAAGAAGAGUCAUUCAUCAUCAAGCGGGCCUUUCCAUACUACGAGACGGUCCUGACCAAGUUCAUCCAGAGAGUUUUCCAGCAGUCUAUACAACAGCGACUCGAGAUGGUGCUGGACAAGGCAAACACUAUAUCUACUCUUGCAUUCCUGCGCUCCCUACAUGCCUCAAGGAGUUAUAUUAGCACUCUGAUUGAAGACCUCAAACAACACGGCCUCACAGAGAAUCCCGAGCCAUGUACAGCACAGAUUGCUCAAACAUUGGACCAACAGAUGGAAGAGUUGUUCGUUCCCUACAUGGUCGGCAACUCGUACAUUGAGCGAGAGAAAAAGAGCUUGGAGGAAUUAUUCAACUCCCUGCUGUUCAAGUACAACAUUUAUCAUUCAAGGAGGAAAAAGGCACCGACUGGUUUCAUGGCUUCCUUGGCUCAACAAGGCUCACAACUUAUGGCGUCUGCCAAAGAUGCCUAUCUAGAGCGACUGGAAUCUUCUGAUUUGACGCCGACACAGAAAGCUCUCAUGUUGAGAAUUGGUGGCGUAUCGGACGCGGACAAGAACAAGAACGAAAUCGAGGUUUCGGAGGACGAUGGCGUUCUCAGCACAGCCAACGCCAAGCGUAUGAUGCGCUGGCUCGCAGAAAGUGUCCGGCGCACACUCGAGCUGGGCAACCAGACUGAAACACCCAAAGAUGUGGCAGUACUGCUGAAUCUACUUAUGACCAAUAUGGGCCAAGUCUACGUAGAGACGGCUCUGGACGCUGCCUUGGAAAAGGCUGCUUCCCAAGAGAACGUCAAGACAGAACCGGACUUGGCCUAUCUCCCAUCUGUCCGUCCGGCUGUCACGAUUACAAGCAUCAUGUCCCGGUUCAUCACCACGGUUCUCAUUCGCCUUGCCGAGUCCAACACAACCGUUCGUCGCAGUAUGGAAGCUCAGACAAAGAUGGGCAUUGAAGCUAUUGAGAAGAAGACAAAUGGCAUACUCAAGUCUACGUUGGAUGUUUUAACCAACUACGUGACAAAGCAGCUUGCCAAUCAAAAGAAGGUCGAUUUUCUACCCAAGGACGAUUCAGUGCUGGAGAAUCUCCAGACCCCAACAUGUGACAAUAUAUGCGCCUUCCUGACCCGUGCUGUGGGUCUUAUCUCGCAGGCUGUUGAUGGCGCCAAUCGAUCUCAUUUUGGCGAUCAACUUGCGCUGGCCCUACAGAGGUUGCUACUCGACCAUUUCAAGCGCUUCCGUGUCAACGCUGCCGGCGGUCUCAUGGUAACUAAAGAUAUCGCAAAGUAUGUUGGCACAUUGAAGCAGGCAGAAUGGUCACUGAGCAAGGACGUCGAGGCCAGCGUGGAUUUGCUGACUGAGAUCGGAUAUCUGUUCAUCAUUGGGCCCGAAGCACUGAAGGAAAGAAGCAGGAAUCUUGCUGCUGGAGGCGCUGGAGGUGCGGGAGGAAGUGGAAAGAGAUUGGCCAAAGCUGAUUUCAAGGUAUUUGUCAGCAACCGGGAAGACUCCAAGAGUGUAGGCAUCCAAAGUGUCUUGGCUGGUCUCUGA